AUGGAAAGCAAAAGGCGGGAAGCUGUGGAGGGGGAAGCUGACACACCUACCAAGAUAAAAAUUGGCUUAGGACAAUUAGAAAUCUUCACAGAUAUCAAGCACAACCAGUCUGCAAGUUUAACUGUACCUGUGGAAAAUCAUAUAACUCUUAGUGGAGUUUCAAGAAUGGAUAACGGACUAGUAAAUGCAUUUAGUUCUGAAAACCUUAGCCUGAAGAAUGAUUUAAUUAAUAAACCAGUUGAAGAACGAUUCCACUCCAGUCAAGAUACCUGUUUAAGUUCUACAAUUGAUCACUUGAAAUAUACUUUAAAUAGAGAAAAUGAAAAUGCAGUGCUUGAAGUAAAAAUGGAGUCAUGUACACAAGAUUAUCGUGAUGAAGUCCUUGGAAAAUAUCAGGGGUUACCAGAAGAGACUCUUUCAGAAGAAGCAACAUGUGCAUAUUUACCACAAUUGCAACUGCACUCAUGCAAGAUCCAUUUUCCAUCUUCCUUGACACAACAUAGAAAUUCUGUGCUAUCUCUUGGCACCACCUCUCCUGAAGGAACAGUCAAUACAAAUGUAGACAUAAUACCAGUAUUGAGACCAUUAUUAGCUCCACCUGCAGGUUUGAAUAAUUGUGUUUCUUGUGACCAAAUCAAAGGAAUUAUUAAUAGUUCUCCAAUGUCACAACCGUUAUCAGGCAGCUUUGACGAACCUUGCAAUGGUAUUAGUGCUUUACCUCAGGAUACUGCUUCUGUUUGUGAUGAACUUGAUGAGGUCAGAGAGGCAGUUGUUAGUAUUACAGCUAAUAACUCAGAAGAAGCAGUUUUUCAAAAUUCUAAUGGAGAAACGAGCCACAGCCUGGCAGUUUCACAAAAUGCAGUAGAAGAACCCACCUGUUCACACAGAAAUUAUUCCAACCCUCAAGUGAUAAUCUGUCAACUGAAGGGUGGUACUCAUAUACUCUGUAUAAACAAUACAGACACUAGAGAAAUGAAAGCAAUUCAUUUGGUAUCUCAGCAAGAGCAGCAUAAGUAUCUUCAGCCAGGUAUCAAAAUUUUGAAAAUAUAUGGAAAUUACUCUGUAACAUCUGUACUGGGACAGUUUUUACCACUUGCAGGUAAAUUGAAUGUCUGUGCACAAGAGCUUGAUAAUGGAUCCAUGCAUUCAUGCCAUUUAGAUCCAAAUCUUCAAGAACCAACAAAACUGACUUUAAUUGGAAUACCUUGUAGUUCCUGGGAUACAAAAUCAAAAAAGCCAUGCAACUGCACUAAAUCACAGUGUCUCAAAUUAUACUGCGAUUGUUUUGCCAAUGGUGAUUUCUGCAGUAACUGCAAUUGCAAUAAUUGCUAUAACAACCCACAACAUGAAAUAGAACGGUUUAAGGCAAUUAAGGUAAUAGAAGCUUGUCUUGACAGAAACCCAGAAGCUUUCCUGCCGAAGAUCGGAAAAGGGAAACUAGGUGAUAUCAAACCCAGACAUAAUAAAGGAUGUAAUUGUAAGCGUUCAGGAUGCCUAAAGAAUUACUGUGAAUGCUUUGAGGCUAAAAUUAUGUGUUCAUCUAUCUGCAAAUGUAUCGGCUGUAAAAAUUAUGAAGAGAGCCCAGAUCGGAAAACACUAAUGAAUAUGCCAAACCAUAUGGAAAUUAAAAAUAAUGAAGGAAAUGACUCUCUAUUUUCUAACUUUGAAAUAGUGUCAAAACCCAGAAAAGACAGGCAGUCUAGUACAUGUAUAUCAUGGGAAGUGGUUGAGGCAACAUGUGCCUGUCUCCUGGCUCAAGCUGAAGAGGCAGAAAAAGAAGCUUACUCUGUUUGCUUAGCAGAACAAAUGAUCAUAGAAGAAUUUGGAAGAUGCUUAUCACAGAUUCUGCACUCUGAGCUUAAAUCCAAAGGGCUGAAAGUUGAAUAA